UGCUCAGUUGUUAUUAAACAGUCAGAUACAGUGAUUCGUACCAACAGCAUUAGCAAUUCGCAGGGGGGGUCUCUUCAAUCUGCACCCCCGUUUCAACAAACUCUAGUCAUCAGUUCUGAAUUCUAAAUCAAUCAACAAUGGAUCCUUUCACGUUAACUCUCUUCCUGACGAUGGGUUUCCUGCUAUUGUAUCAUUUUCUAUGGCAGCCGAUGAAUUACUUUAAGGAACGCGGAAUCAAAUACGAAUCACCUGUGCCGAUUUUGGGUAACAUGGCGUCUGUUGUGUUACGUCGUACCUCCAUGGCAGAACAUUUUCAACGAUUGUAUCAACGUUUCUCCGACGUGAAAUAUUUUGGAUUAUUCAACUUUACGAAUCCUGUGAUCGUGAUUCGCGAUCCCGAUUUAAUCGCGUCCAUAACUGUGAAGAAUUUUGAUCACUUUUGUAAUCGUCGUGGUUUCGACAUCGGGGAUCUCGAUCCUCUGAUAGGAAAAAACCUGUCCGCUCUUCGGGAUGAUGAGUGGAGAGAGAUGAGGAGAUUGCUCAGCCCUUCUUUCACCUCCAUGAAAAUGAAGAUCAUGUAUCAUUUGAUACGCGAUUGCGCGAACGAUUUCAGUGAUUUUAUUGCCAAUCAAUCGAAGCACGGAAAGGUUUUUGAUAUAAAGGACAUCUUUGGCCGAUACACGACCGACGUUAUAGCCACCUGUAGCUUCGGUAUUUCAAUCGAUUCGAUGAGAAAUCCUAACAACGAGUUCUAUGUAUUGGCGAGAGAUACGAUGAGCUCGCAAUCAAGUUUGUCGUGGAAAUUAAUGUUGGGUAUGUGUUGCCCUGCUCUAUGCAGAACAUUUGGUAUUAGGAUAUUCAGCGAGAAGGUUCAUCGGUACUUUUUGAACGUCGUUCGUGAGACGGUCAAAAUGAGAGAGGAACAGGGCAUCACCCGUCCAGACAUGAUCCAAUUGAUGAUGGACACCAAGGAUAAAGAACGAAGCUUAACGAUCGAAGAGAUGACGAAUCAAGCAUUCGUCUUCUUCUUGGCUGGAUACGAUACGUCUUCGACGUUUCUCUCUUUUCUGAUGCACGAAAUCGCCACGCACCCGGAAGUGAAAGCGAAAUUGAUGGAGGAGAUCGAGGAGGUAGUUCGAAAAACCAAUGGAAAUCCAACCUACGAUGCGUUGAAGAACAUGCCAUAUAUGGACGCUGUUAUGAACGAAACUUUGAGGUUGGACAGCAUAGCGACUAGUUUGGAUCGCGUAUGCGUGAAAGAGUUUCAACUUGAACCAGCCUCUUCUGGCGCGGAACCUGUUACCCUAAAACCAGGCGACGUCGUCUGGUUCCUACCGUUCUCCCUUCAACGCGAUUCCAAGUACGUGAAAAAUCCAACGAAAUUCGAUCCAGAUCGAUUUUUAGGCAAAGAUGCUCCUCCGCCAUCGGUUAAUAUACCAUUUGGUAUCGGCCCAAGAUUUUGUAUCGGAAACAGAUUCGCUCUUCUCGAAUCGAAAAUUUUGAUGUUUUAUCUGUUAUGGCGUUGCGAUGUGGAACCGUGUGAAAAAACCCAGAUACCAAUGAAAUUCAGCAAGCACAACAUUGCUUUGACGGCGGAAAAUGGAUUUUGGUUAAAGUUUCGGGCGAGGGACAAAGUCUGUUUGCAAGAAGCAAAUGGAAAAUUGGAAAAUUAGUGAAAUGAGAGAUACCUGACCAAGAGGCCAAAGAAUUUUCAAUAUACCGAGUUAACAAAGUUUUCUUUUUAGUUGAAUAUUUUUCUCCGUUUUUUUAAUGAAAUAUUUGUAAGGAUUGAUAUAACAACGAUCAGAUGAUCAGAUUACAAAAUAUGAAAAAAUAAAUGUACUUGCAAUGUUGCAAUUUGUAACAAUAAAAUUAUUUACUUUA